AGCGUCGGGAGCUGGAGAAGCGCAGGGAGAAGCCGAGGCACCGGAGCCACACUCCGGACAUACGGCGGCUCUAGCGCGGUCACAGCUUGUGUUUCGCGGCUGUUUCCAAAUGGCUACGACCGCGGAGGACCAGCGGGAACUUUCCACGCAUCACGGCUGCCACCACCACAACAGCAACAACAAUAACAACAACAACAAUAACAACAAAGACAGUGAAGCAGCGGGAGACAGCGGCACUUCGCCCACGGACAGCGGCGCCACGGAGCCCAGCGGCACUACGUCCCAGACCAACGGCUCGGUCAUCCACCCCAGCGGCGGGAACAGUGGCAAGUGGGUCCGCCUCAAUGUCGGCGGCACCGUGUUCCUCACCACGAGACAAACGCUCCUCAAAGAACAGACGUCGUUCCUGUACCGGCUGUGUCAGCAACAGGACCUGCACUCGGACACGGAUGAGACCGGAGCCUAUGUCAUCGACAGAGACCCCACUUACUUCGGUCCCAUCUUGAACUACCUGCGACACGGCAAACUAGUUUACAACAAGGAGCUGGCUGAGGAAGGUGUCCUGGAAGAAGCAGAGUUUUACAAUAUCACGCCGCUCAUCAAACUGAUCAAAGAGAGGAUCAUCGAGAGAGACUCCAAAGCUACACAGCAGGUCCCCCCUAAGCACGUGUACCGGGUGCUGCAGUGCCAGGAGGAGGAGCUGACCCAGAUGGUGUCCACCAUGUCGGACGGCUGGAAGUUUGAGCAGGUCAGCGUGCGCGCCUGCAGAAAGCCCCGCACCGGACUGCUCUGGACUAUGGUCAAUAUUGGUUCGUCGUACAGCUACGGGACUGAAGACCAGGCUGAGUUCCUGUGUGUAGUGUCCAAGGAGCUGCACACGCCAGGGUCAGGGUUGGGUACAGAGCAAAGCCACAAAACCAAGCUUUUCCAGAUCCACGGGUCCCGCAUGUAGGACCCCGCCCAGUUACUGUACAUUUAAACAGCUUUUUGGCUUAGUAAUCAGAAGACGUGAAGAUUUGUGAAGUUUGAUAAUGCAGAAAAGUGACCAUGCUAUGAAUCUUAGUAAACACAACCAAAGAUUUUGAACACC